AUGCAUAGAAACCACACAACUGAAAAUGAUCCUUCUGAUCAAGAAGUAAGCAUGAAGAAUUCAAUGAACAUAUGUACGUUAAAUGUUCAAUGGAUAUUGGAACCUCUAAUUGGAUUGUACCGGCACUUUUCGGACGUGCGUAACUCAGCGUGUUUUGGGUGUUUCAGCUCAUUCACCACUAAUUCCGUGAAAAAGGUGUGGACUCCGGUAUUCUUUCGGUGA